AAGCAAAAGCAUUUCCCACACAACACAAGAAUCUCUCUCCUCCUCUCCCUUUCUCUCCUCUCUCUCUCUCUCUCUCUCUCUCUCUCGGAGCCAGACAACCCUCCGUUGCCCCAGGAACCAGAGAGAAAAACAGCAAAUUUGGCUGAGGGAAAGAGGAGGGUUCUUCAAUCUUCACUCACUGACCAUGGAUUUCUGAUUAGUUAGCCUCAUCAGCUUCAGCUGAUGAUGUUCUGUCUCUGUAGAAUCUGUUGUGAUGGUUGUUGAUGAUUUGGGGUUGCCUGUGUUUCUUGGAAUAAGGUGGAGAAGAAGGAGAAGAAAUGUAAAGCAGACAACCUCAAUUUAUUUAGAUUAGGUUGAGUUGUCUUAGAUCCAGGAAAACCCAAGUUUUGUGUGAAAAAAAGGUUUCACCUUUGUCCGGGUUUCUUGUGAUCUUGUAGGGUUGGUCUCCUUUUUCCUAGGUUGUUUCUCAAGAACCCUUUUUCUUUCUCUUGUUGUAUUUAUAGAAAAAGGUGAGACUGCUGUAAUUUUCAUGUGCUUAUGUGGAUAUCUAAAGGUUGGUGGUGAGGAUAGGGUUUUGGUUUUUCGUGGCUGAUUCUCCGCCAGAAGGGGAAGAGUUUGGUGAGGUAAGAACCCUAUAUAAGAAACUCGAUUCACCGGUGAAGUUCUAUCACUAGGAGCUUAUAGAUCCCUUGUUUCUCAAAAGAUCUGAUUGCCCCAUUUCAUUUUGCUCAUUGUUUUGCGGAAGUGGGGAUAUUGACCGAAAUUAGGAACUUCCCUCCGAUUUGUUGCUAGAAAUUUACCCCAUGUGAUUGAAGGUAAAUGUCAAAUGUUACAAAGAUAAGGAAAUUGAUGGAAGACAUGUCUCCAGCAGUUGCAGUGACUCUUAGUUUAGGUAAUUCGAUAUGUGAUAGUUCUGGAAUUGGAGCCAAUGUGGAGUUCACAUGGCUAAAGCUUGUAACAGACGCGGGAAAUUUGUCUACGGAUUCCUCUAAGGUGGUUUCUUUAGAGUCAGUCUCUUGCAGUAAAGGAAGUUCCGAUGAUAUUGACAGCAAAGUUAGUGUGGUUCCUGUGCCAUCACAAGACGAUGAUGGUGGAAACACUUCUGUUGCUAAUGAUAUCAUGGUUCAAGAAAGUGAGGAAGAGGAAAUCUUAGCCUUUAGAUAUGAUACUAAUGGAAUUGUUGGUGAAGAAUUGUUGACGUUAGAGAUGGGGUCUGCGAUAAGCUUGCCAGAUGCUGUGGAGAUGGGAAAAGUUGGUGAAGGGAAUAUUGUUGCAAAAGCUAUCGUCUUGGUAGAAUCAGCUGUUGGGAAAAUGGCUUCUGGGGUUGUGGCAGCAGUAAGCUCUGCUUCUGAGUUAUCAGAUAAAUCUGAAUUAACAACCUCUACGGUACUUAUCCAGUCAACUGGUGAGAAGGUUGUCAGUAAAGCAGGCAUCCGGAGUGUUUUUGAGCUGAACUGUAUUCCCCUCUGGGGUUCUGUAUCAAUUUGUGGAAGACGAUCUGAAAUGGAAGAUGCAUUUGCAGCUGUUCCUCGGUUUAUCAACAUUCCAAUUAAAAUGCUUGUUGGUAGUCAAGUGUAUAAUGGAAUGAGCCAAAGUUUGACCCACCUAACCAGUCACUUUUUUGGCAUUUACGAUGGCCACGGUGGCCCUCAGGUUGCUAACUAUUGUAGUGAGCGGCUCCAUUUGGCUUUAGCUGAAGAGCUUGGAGGCAUUAAGGAUGACUCGGGUGAUGGGAUUAUGGUAGAAACUCAGCAGGUGCAGUGGGAGAAAGCAUUCACUAAUUGUUUUCAGAGGGUUGAUGAUGAGAUUGGAGGAAAAGUGAGCAGAGGCAUCAUUGAAAGCAACGCUGAUGCUUCUGAAGCUAACUUUGAGCCUGUUGCCCCAGAAACCGUUGGGUCUACAGCUGUCGUUGCGUUAGUUUCGUCAUCCCAUAUUAUAGUUGCAAACUGUGGUGAUUCAAGAGCAGUUCUAUGUCGUGGAAAACAAGCAAUACCAUUAUCAGUCGACCAUAAACCAAACAGAGAAGACGAAUAUGAAAGGAUUGAGGCAUCUGGUGGCAAGGUAAUACAGUGGAAUGGACACCGUGUUUUUGGAGUUCUUGCAAUGUCAAGGUCCAUUGGGGAUAGAUAUUUGAAACCGUGGAUAAUUCCAGAACCAGAAGUCAUGGUUGUCCCUCGAGCUAGAGACGAUGAAUGCCUUAUUUUAGCUAGUGACGGUCUAUGGGAUGUUAUGACGAAUGAGGAAGCUUGUGAAGUGGCUCGAAGACGCAUUCUGCUGUGGCACAAAAAGAACGGGGUUACACCUGUUGCAGAGAGGGGAAAAGGAGUUGAUCCAGCAGCUGGGGAAGCUGCUGCCUACCUUUCAACCCUAGCCCUCCAGAAGGGAAGCAAGGACAAUAUCUCUGUGGUUGUGGUGGACUUGAAAGCUCAAAGGAAGUUCAAGAGCAAAACCUAAAAUUCGGAGGGAACUAUUCACCCCGCGACGAAUGGUUUUGGCUCUCCCCGUACCAUCUGAAAAAUCUGUAGACAGCGUGGUCCAAUCGUUUUCUCGUGGGCUCAAAUGUGUGUACAAGUAUAAAAAUCUGUGUUUACUAUGUACUACUUCUGUAGAAACUGUAACGCAAUGCCAUGUGUUUUUCUGGUUUGUGCCGGAGUUCUAGAUACCGGUUGUGUGAAAAUGUGCUUGCUUUGCGUGUA